UCCAUUUCCUUUGAGACAUUCCAGGGAGUUUCCGUGCUAGUGCAAUUGCGUGGUCCCUUCUGAUUGGUCCUUGUAGCUCAAUUAUUCAUGGAUUCUAACCAGUGGAAAAGACCCUUCUGUUCAGCAUGAUUAUCAGUGUGGUGACUGUUGUUGUUGUAGAUUAGGAGAAGUGGGACAAUAUUUCAGAGGGGGUGUUACUGUAGUCCUCUUAGUGCAAUUUAAAGAAGCCUCCCACCACUUUCAGAACGCUAAGUUCCUAUGAUACCAGUAAUGCAGCUGAUUUACUUAGGGACCUUCUUGAUAGGACUGGUAUUUGGGGAACAAACUGACAAUGACAAUGAUGAUAGCCCUUCGACUAUGUUAGAGACGCCACAGCAUACAAUAAUAAAGGAGUAUUUUAGGGAAGAGUUUGAUGAUGAAGAUGAAUGGGAGAAACGGUGGGUUCAAUCUAAACAUAGAUCUGAUUAUGGUAAAUUUCGUGUUGCAUCAGGAAGGUUUUAUGGAGAUAGAGAAAAAGAUAAAGGUCUGAAGGCAACUGAAGACACUAAGUAUUAUGCAGUGUCAGCAAGGUUUCCGCCCUUCAACAAUGAAGGUCAGACGUUAGUGCUUCAGUAUACAGUAAAAUACGACCAACAUGUCGAUUGUGGUGGUGCCUAUGUUAAACUUUAUUCUGCAGACCUGGUUCAAGAGGUUAUGAAUGAAGAUUCUGAAUAUUAUAUUAUGUUUGGUCCAGAUAUAUGUGGAGAAGACAAAAAGAUAGUGCAGGUUAUCUUCAACUAUAAAGAUGAUUAUUACUUAAUCAAAAAGAACAUCACAUGUGAGACCGAUGACUUUACCCAUCUCUACACUUUGAUACUACGUCCAGAUUUAACAUAUGAAGUGAAAGUUGAUAAUUAUGUUGCUGAGGCUGGCCAUCUAGAAGAUGACUGGGACUUCCUUCCUCCAAGGAAGAUAGUUGAUCAUGAAAUGGCAAAACCUGACUACUGGGAUGAAAGGGAGCUUGUUGAAGAUCCCAUGGACAAGAAACCAGAUGAUUGGGAUCAGCCAGAAAGAAUUCCUGACCCAAAUGUCACGAAGCCAGAUGACUGGGAUGAAGAAAUGGAUGGAGAGUGGGCACCACCAUCGGUUCCAAACCCAGAGUACAGAGGAAUUUGGAAGCCUCGUAUAAUCAAAAAUCCCAAUUAUAAUGGCAUAUGGGUUCAGCCAUUAGUUGAUAAUCCAGAAUACACACCUGAUCCUAAUCUUUACAAGUAUUUCAACAUCAGUGUCAUUGGUUUAGAAAUUUUACAGGGAAAGUCUGGCACAAUCUUUGACAAUUUUCUUAUCACAAAUGAUGAACAAUAUGCUGAAGAUGCUGGGAAUGAAAUGUGGGGUCCCACAUUUGAGAGAGAAUGGAAGAGAAGACAGGGACAAGAUGUUGUGUAUAAAAAAAUUAAUGAAAACGAGGAACCGAAAGGAAAAGAAGGCAAGAAAGAAAAAAGGAAGAAAAAAGAUCGUAAUGUUAAAGAUGAGCUCUAAUCAACCAAAUUUUAUUGCAUAGUUACUGUAACUCAUGGUGGAAUUUUUUUCAACUUCUAAAUAUUGUAUUUAUUUUCUAAAUAUCUGUUACUGAAACUGAAAUGCAGUGGCAGUAAAAAGUCCUGACAACAA